UUAUGUUUAUUAAGUGCUUAUAAAGGCACUGUUCUAAGCAGUGGGGGAAAAUACAGGAAUAUCUAUUUAUACAUGAUCCCCGGCCCAAGAGAGGUUCAGAUUCUAAGUAUGUGUGUGAGUAUGUGUGGAGGGGGCGAGACAGGCCCAUAGAACAAAAGAAUAUUGAGCAAACUCAAUAAAAAUAACUCUAAAAGAAAAUUAGAGAGGACUGGAAGGGGAGGUUGUGGACUUCUCACCGCUGUUGUGGAACUGGAGAUGGAUGAUUUAAAACAAUCAAAGAGAAAGUACCAUCCUUGGAGGGGAUCUGCCUGCUUCUCAUUUGUCUGACCUUUCCUCUCUUCCCUCAGGUGGGACUGUUGAUGACUGUCUGCUCCACCCUCAAGCCCGUCAAGAAGAGCCAGGGCUGGCCCAACGGCUGCUAUGAGCUCCAUGAUACGAAGGCCCCAGAGAGGGUUUGGAACCAGACAGGAGGCCGGAGUAACCCAUGGAGAAAGAUUCCUUCCAUCUACCUGGUGGAGGAGGUGGAGAGGCUGGAACAGCAGCAGAGGAAGAAGAGGAGACACGUGAAGGGGAAAUGUCACAACUCUCUCCCACCGUCCCCUUCCAGUUACAACCUCCGCUCAACCUCCCCAUGGACCUACAGAAUCAACGUGGAUGAAGAUCGCUACCCUCAGAAGCUGGCCUUUGCUGAGUGCCUCUGCUCUGGCUGCAUCGAUCUCUGGUCUAACCGGGAGACUUUGAGGAUGAAUUCUGUGCUCCUGGAGCAGAGUGUACUGGUUCUGCGGAGGAAGCCAUGUCCCGCCAACCCCAGACUCACCUCCUACGAACUCGACCACAUCAUGGUGCCCGUGGGUUGUACUUGUUUAAAACCAAGGAUGGCCUAUGCCUGAGGAGGUGCCCCGAGCUCUUGGCACCAACUGCGAGACCCUGUUGACUGUAGAUUAGGAGUCAGGGGAGGGGCGGGAGGAGGAGGAAGAAGAAGAGGAAAAUGUCUUUGCAGAGGAAUGGAAAUGAUCAUAAUGGGUCCUUCGAAUUUGCCAGUCCAAACAGGAUGGUCCUGGCUUGGGUGGAUAGCGUGAGUACCUGACAACAACUAUUUGUCAGGCUCCAUUUGAUUGUACUAGUGUCAAUAAAAAUGGUGAUUUGAAGUGAUGA